CGGCUGAUAUCAAACCCGACUCCAAAUAAUCGGAUUCCGGAACAUCCAUUCAGAGCCGUGAUGAUCGGGGAUUGUUAUUCGGCGUAUAUAAAUUCAUUUCUUUCUCUAACGAAUCUCAAAAAACCUAAAUUCAUCGUCGCAAACUCUCCUUCAGGAAGAUCUGCUGAAUAUACAACAUAUUCAGAUACUCUACAAUGGUGGAUGCUCAAGAUACCGACAAAAACAUUGAAAUAUGGAAAAUUAAGAAGCUUAUCAAGGCAUUAGAAGCUGCUCGAGGUAACGGUACCAGCAUGAUUUCUCUCAUUAUGCCACCGCGUGAUCAAGUAUCCAGGGUUACGAAAAUGCUCGGGGACGAAUUCGGAACCGCUUCAAACAUAAAAAGCAGAGUGAAUCGUCAAUCUGUUUUGGGUGCGAUUACAUCGGCCCAACAAAGACUCAAGCUCUACAACAAAGUUCCUCCAAACGGGCUCGUGCUUUACACUGGAACCAUUGUAACUGAAGAUGGGAAGGAGAAAAAGGUCACUAUUGAUUUUGAACCUUUUCGGCCCAUUAAUGCAUCAUUAUAUCUCUGUGAUAACAAGUUUCACACCGAAGCUUUGAAUGAAUUGUUGGAAUCUGAUGAUAAAUUCGGUUUCAUAAUUAUGGAUGGGAACGGGACCCUGUUUGGGACGUUGAGUGGUAAUACUCGAGAAGUUCUUCACAAAUUCAGUGUUGAUCUCCCGAAGAAACAUGGAAGAGGAGGGCAAUCGGCUUUAAGAUUUGCUCGUUUACGAAUGGAAAAAAGGCAUAAUUAUGUGAGGAAGACUGCUGAGCUGGCAACACAGUUUUAUAUCAAUCCUUCAACCAGCCAGCCCAAUGUUUCCGGACUCAUACUUGCAGGGUCUGCUGACUUCAAGACCGAGCUUAGUCAAUCCGAUAUGUUUGACCCGCGUCUCCAGGCGAAAAUCUUGAACGUUGUUGAUGUUUCUUAUGGGGGCGAAAACGGGUUUAAUCAAGCAAUAGAAUUAUCAGCUGAAAUCCUUGCAAAUGUUAAGUUUAUACAAGAGAAACGCUUAAUCGGCAAGUACUUUGAAGAACUCAGUCAAGACACCGGGAAAUACGUUUACGGUGUGGAAGACACAUUAAAGGCUCUAGAAAUGGGUGCGGUUGAUACACUCAUAGUUUGGGAAAAUCUCGAUAUUACCCGAUACACUUUAAAAAAUAUCACAACAGGUGAAGUGAUUAUAAAGCAUUUAAACAAGGAAGAAGAAGUCGUUCAGAAAAACUUUCGGGAUGCAACUACAAACGCUGAAUUGGAAGUUCAGGAAAAACUGUCUUUGCUUGAAUGGUUUGCUAAUGAGUAUCGGAAGUUCGGUUGCACGCUUGAGUUUGUUACGAAUAAAUCACAAGAGGGAUCUCAGUUUUGCAGAGGUUUUGGUGGAAUUGGUGGGAUUCUUCGUUAUCAGUUGGAUAUUCGAGCGUUUGAUGAGCUGUCUGAUGAUGAGUUGUAUGAAGAUUCUGACUAGCAAUCAAUAAUCCUCUACAUGCCGGUGCAGGCGAAUGAGGAACAUGGCCUGCACCGGGCGCGGGUUCUCGAACGUGAUGCUGCUCCUAUAUCAUUCUCGGUUUUGGGAACUCGUGUUGAGAUAAAAAAUGUUUACUCGAAUUAACACGACGGUUUGUGUGACAGCUAUUGGAGAAAAGUUAUCUGAACAUAAGAGGUGCUGAUCAAGGAUGCAUAACUUGAGCACAUUGUUCAUGGUUGUUUGAAAGCUUUCUUGCUGUGCUUAUGAGGAAGCUUCAACUUUUACAUGCUUUUGGCUAAUAAUAUCUAUGACAUCUAAGUUAUUGUGUUUGCUUAUAAUAAAUUUGGACACGAGUGUAUCGUGUACAAGAUCUAGACUCGAGAUUGUAGUCUUGCAUUUCCUUGCUCGUUUUUAUGUGUUGUGGUUGCUAUAAUUUAUGAUCUUUAUGGUUUGAUGGUGA